CCAAAAAUCUGUACAACCUUCUCACCCGUCGCAUCUUCCGGGUCUUCGCAGCCGAAGUGAUAAAGCUUGUGUCAUUCCUGCCUUCUCAAGUGUCUAGCUUUCAAUAUCUUCCUCAUCAUCCAAGUUGCCUGUUUGGGAAGGAUGUACCUGAUCGACUGCUUUACCCUUUUUGUAAUUGGCUUCUCCAAUUUAUUCUCAAUUUUGCAAAGAAAGAAUCAAAGAUAUCUCGUUUGCCUAGAUAUCCAAAGUUGGUGGAGCAUAUAGGAGAUCAUCAAUUUCAAACCCUUGGUUCUGAUAUGCAGUCAAACAACAAAGAUCUGCUUCGUUUGGAGGCUGAAGCCUUGUCCUUGGAAUCAAAACUUCUCUUCUGCACUAGAGAUGGCGGAUCUCAAUCCCUAAAUUUAAAACCUGACCUUUCUAAUAAGAAGCCCGAAAUUUCUUCUAUACCCAAAAGCCAAGUUCUAACAAAGGUCAAGGAUUUUUUGGGUGUGUUUUUGGAAAAUACUAGAAAAGUGGAGCUUGAGGCGAAGAAGAAUCCUGAGAAAUAUGAUAUUGAAGCUCUUACGGGUGAAGAAUCUGAAUACAUAGAGAUGGACUUAAUGUUGGGCGUUGCUGAACUUCACACACAGGAGGCUGUAUCAGCUGCUGAAUCCGCAAUAGCAAGUGACCAACCAGUAAUCAAUCUGGCCGGCAGUGAUAACGAGACAGAAUCUGAAGACCGUAGCAGUGAGGAUGACAUCCAGGAAAACAGCACCAGCAAAAGUGCUGCUGAUGAUGUAGCUUCUUCUCUAGGAAAAGAAUCUAAGCAUGCGGAAAAGGAUUCUCCUAAGAUAUCACUAAAGAGGAAGCGACAUUCAGUAAACUCAGCUUACAUAGUUGAGCUUUCUUAGCGCUGAGGACCUUAAAUUAUAGUAGUUUUUUUGGUGAGAAAUUCACAAGUGUGUUUCUCCACCAUGUUCCCAUAAAACUUGUUUUAGAUUUACCCUUUUAUAUCAUGAAAUGAUCGUUUUGUUUCA